AUGGGGUAUGUUAAUACAAUUGAUAAUAUCUCGUCAUUGACAUGGACACAAGCUCUCCUGGUGGAAAGGAUGUUGGUUUGGAGCGAGAGUGAGGAUAAAACCUUUCUUGAUGCAUGUAUCCAUGAACUAACCACCCAUGGUCGUGAGGGUUUUGGGCUUAAGGCAAGUUCAUGGAAGACAAUACGCGAAAAAUUGAUAAACGAACAUGGUAAAGAGGUUGAUCAGAAGCAAAUGAGAAACCACUUUGACUACUACAAAUCAAAAUAUGUUGUUUGGGUGAAACUGAAAAACAAAACCGGCAACAUAUAUGAUCCUAUAAAAAAUAAAUUUAAUCUGACCGAUGAACAAUGGAAGGAAGAGGGAAAGUUGAACAAGUUCGUGAUGUCAUUAAAAACUAGACCUUUGAUGUUCCCUGAUCUUUGCACCCAACUAUUUGUAGGCUCGACCUCAACCGGCUUUCAAAUUUGGGGGCCAUCUUCUACAGUCCCUCGUCCUGUAGAAGAGUUUGGUGCCCAUGAUUUUGAUGAUGAUGUUCUAAUGGAAACCUCAACACAACACGUAGGUGCAAGUGAAGAAUCUUCGGGGCAUUCAAAAAAUAAGGAAGUUGGUGGAAACAAAAGAGUUGGUGAAAAAAAUAGAUGUAAGGGCAUUAGAAGUCGAGGAUGGGAUUAUCAAGCUUGCAAGGUCGUUAGUGGAAAAAAAUGA